GUGGCGCACAACCUAUAAAAACAAGCCACCUCUGCAUCUAUUCUCAUCUCAUAUUCCAAAAUCCAUUAAUUUUUUUUGAAUCAGUGAUUAUUAACACAAUUUACAUGACAAAAUUAUUCGAAAAAAGCAUUGAGUACUUACUUGAUGCGCCUUCAACCAUCAGCCAUGCACGUAAACGAUGGCGUUUAGCUUUUGCUGCAAUUUACUGCUCCAGAGCUAUACAAUCUCUCACCAAACUUGCCAUAGUAAACAAAAAAAGCAUCAGAAUUACAAAUUCUUCAUCGUUUUCUGUUCUUGAUAUCAAGACCAGUACCUUCAAGAUCACGCAAGCAAGCCUCACUGAGCUUGUUAAAGAAAAAAACCACAAACAGCUUCAAGAAUUAGGUGGCGUAUCCGCCGUGGCUUCUGCCGUCGAGACGGAUAUCGAAGGCGGCAUUUCGGACGACAUUGCUCGUCGACAAGAAGCAUUCGGGUCUAAUUCGUAUAAGAAACCACCCACCAAGAGUUUUUUUUAUUUUGUGGUUGAAGCUUUUAAGGAUCUUACUAUUGCUAUACUUUUAGGCUGUGCAGCGCUUUCUUUAGGGUUUGGGAUUAAAGAGCAUGGUCUUAAAGAAGGAUGGUACGACGGUGGAAGUAUUUUUCUUGCUGUUUUUCUAGUCAUUGCUGUCUCUGCCGUGAGCAAUUACAGACAGAACAGACAGUUUGAUAAGUUGUCGAAAGUCAGCAACAAUAUUCAGAUUGAUGUUGUGAGAGGUGGCAGGAGACAACAGGUUUCAAUCUUUGAACUCGUUGUCGGAGAUGUUGUUUGUCUCAAGAUCGGAGACCAGGUUCCUGCUGAUGGUUUGUUCAUUGACGGACACUCUCUGGAAAUUGAUGAAUCGAGUAUGACAGGGGAGAGUGAUCAUGUCGAAAUUGAUCACCACCGAAAUCCAUUUUUAUUCUCUGGUACUAAAGUAGCAGAUGGAUAUGGUCGGAUGCUUGUUACUUCGGUAGGCAUGAACACGACAUGGGGAGAGAUGAUGAGUCAUAUCAGCCGCGACAACGAUGAGCUGACACCUCUUCAGGCUAGGCUUAAUAAACUCACAUCGUCUAUAGGUAAGGUGGGUCUAGCUGUAGCUUUUCUUGUUCUUGUAGUUCUGUUGGUUCGCUACUUCACAGGAAACACACAGGAUGAGAAUGGAAACAAGGAGUUUAACGGGGGCGAUACGAAGACAGAUGAUAUUAUUAAUGCAGUUGUCGGAAUUGUAGCAGCAGCAGUUACAAUUGUUGUUGUUGCAAUCCCCGAAGGUUUGCCGUUGGCGGUUACGCUUACUCUGGCUUAUUCCAUGAAGAAAAUGAUGGCUGAUCAAGCAAUGGUGAGAAAGCUCUCUGCCUGUGAGACUAUGGGCUCUGCUACAACAAUCUGUACGGAUAAAACAGGCACUCUUACAAUGAACCUGAUGAAAGUAACAAAUUUCUGGCUAGGCCAAGCUGAACAAAUCACUUCUUCAUCAAUUUCACCCCAUGUUCUUGACUUGAUCAGACAAGGAGUUGCUCUCAAUACAACCGGUACUGCCUACAGAUCAGCGAAUCCGCAAUCAGAGUUCGAGUUUUCGGGUAGUCCCACGGAGAAAGCUAUUCUUUCUUGGGCCAUCCUGGAAAUGGGAAUGGAUAUGGAGGAAGUGAAGCAGAGUUGCAACAUUCUUUAUGUUGAAGCUUUUAACUCACAGAAGAAAAGAAGUGGAGUUCUGAUAAGGAAGAAGCUUGACAAUACAGUCCAUGUUCACUGGAAAGGAGCAGCAGAAAUGAUACUCGCGAUGUGCUCAAGUUACUACGACGCUUCAGGGAUGAUCAAAGAUUUAGAUGGUCAAGAAAGGACCAUUUUUGAGCAAAUUAUUCAGGGAAUGGCAGCUAAUAGCCUUCGGUGCAUUGCGUUUGCACACACACAAAUAUCAGAACAGCAAUGUGAGGGUGUGUUACAAGAGAAAAAGUUGAAAGAAAGCAGCUUGACACUUCUAGGCCUUGUCGGAAUCAAGGACCCGUGUCGACCAGGGGUGAAGAAAGCUGUCGAAGAUUGCCAACAUGCUGGAGUGAACAUCAAAAUGAUCACAGGUGACAAUAUUUUCACUGCAAGAGCUAUAGCGAUUGAGUGUGGAAUUCUGAAGCCCGGUCAGGAUAUGUACACCGGAGCUGUAGUUGAGGGCGAAGAGUUUCGGAACUAUACACAUGAUGAAAGAAUGGAAAAAGUUGAUAGAAUAUGUGUUAUGGCAAGGUCUUCACCUUUUGACAAACUUCUGAUGGUGCAGUGUCUUAAACAGAAAGGCCAAGUGGUGGCAGUAACCGGUGAUGGCACCAAUGAUGCACCGGCGCUAAAAGAGGCUGACAUCGGAUUGUCUAUGGGGAUUCAGGGCACUGAAGUUGCCAAAGAGAGCUCAGAUAUUGUCAUAUUGGAUGAUAAUUUUGCUUCUGUAGCAACAGUUUUAAGGUGGGGAAGAUGUGUCUACAACAACAUUCAGAAAUUCAUUCAGUUUCAGCUUACGGUCAAUGUAGCCGCAUUGGUGAUCAAUUUCGUAGCAGCUGUCUCCGCCGGUGAAGUCCCGUUAACAGCAGUUCAGCUACUGUGGGUGAAUCUGAUCAUGGACACCCUCGGCGCUCUGGCUCUUGCUACAGAACAACCUACCAAAGAGCUAAUGGAUAAAAAACCUGUGGGGAGAACUGAGCCACUCAUCACCAACAUAAUGUGGAGGAACCUGUUAGCUCAAGCUUUGUAUCAGAUAACGAUCCUUCUGACGAUGCAAUUCAAGGGAAAAUCGAUCUUCGGUGUGACUGAGGAGGGAAAGGACACGUUGAUCUUCAAUACUUUUGUCCUGUGUCAGGUUUUUAAUGAAUUCAACGCAAGGAAACUGGAGAAGAAGAAUGUUUUCGAGGGAAUACAUAAGAACAAGCUGUUCUUGGGGAUAAUUGGUGUAACCAUUGUUCUUCAGGUAUUGAUGGUUGAGUUUCUGAAGAAAUUUGCAGACACAGAGAGGUUGAAUUGGGGCCAAUGGGGUGCUUGCAUUGGAAUGGCAGCUGUUACAUGGCCAAUUGGAUGGAUAGUCAAGUCGAUACCAGUUCCAGAAAAACCGUUUUUCAGUUAUUUUCAUUGGAGGAAGUAGAAUUUUUAAGCAGAUGUUUUUAUUUAUUCGUUCAUUUUUCUUAUGUAAAUAUAAAUUCAUCAGAUUGUUUAUCUGUAUAGAAUUUUUUGAUCUCCUUGUGAGAUGUAUUAUAUUUCAGAUUCAUUUUGUAAUAUUUACUAUUGAAUUGCUA